AUGCUCUGUCUGCACCAGCCGGCUGUUCGUAUCGCCUGGUUCGACACUAUUUUUCUCAUCAUUUAUUCCUUUAAACUUUUAAAGUUAGUAAAAGGAUUUGUUAAUGAAGGAAAAAUAGUGCUAAAUCAAUCAAACCUGUUCAAACUUAAAUAUAUAUACAUAUAUAUAUAUAUUAUAUAUGUAUAUUUUUUUAAUUAUAAAAUGGAUCAAAAUGGUGGUGAAAUUUUGUUAGAAAUAACCAAACAAAAUUCUCAAUCUUUUUCUAUAAAUAAUAAUACUAAUAUUAAUAAAUUUAAAAGAAAAAGUUUAAAAAAGAUUAAAGAAAAUAAUAUUAAAAGAAAAACAAUUAAAAAGAGUAGAAAAAAUUUAAAGAAAAAUAAAAUACAUUUUCCUAAGAAUACAACACAAUUUGACAUUACAAAGUUUGAUAAUAUUGUUGAUGAAGAAAAUGUUAAUGAAAGUACAGAAACAAAUUGCUAUUCAAUUGUUAAUACAUUCCCUUCUAAUAGAUCAUUACUUGGAGUUGUCACAAUUUCAGUGCCAUAUGGAAUUAUAAUAAAAACAAAUCAUUUUGUUGAUCAUGAAUUUGAAAAGAAUUUUUCAACAGGAAUCUCUUUUUUAUCAAAGUUAUGCGGAAGUGCUGCACAUAAUUUCCUUUUGAAUGCUUUUUCUGGGGAAUCUAAUAGAGUAUUAUAUGCUCGUUUUGAAUGUUUAAACGGUUCAAUUCAGCCAUGUGAACUUCAAUGUGACUUUGGAGAUUCAUCAAAUAAUAGAACAUCAUUAAAUGGCGCUUUAACACCUACUUCGAAUGAACCAACUCAAACAAUUACGGGUUUUAUACCACCAAAUAUGAAUGUUGAAAAAGUGGCAAAAAUAUAUCUUCUUACAAUUCCAUCAGCAUUUAAAAAUUUUAGUAUGAAUGAUGAUUUAACAUUUUUUACUCGUCAUAAUCAUUCAAAUAUUUUAUUAUAUUUGGAUGCAAAAAGUAUUCCUUAUCUUGGACAUUUUCCUAGUGAAAUGACUGGAAAAAGUAUACAACAAUUUAUAUAUCGUGAUGAUCAACAUAUUAUAUCUACAUUACACAAUUUAUUAAGACAAAAUAAAAAUUUUGGAAUUAUUAAAACAGAUAAUGUACGUUUUAUAACACAUAGUGGACAUAUUUUAAGAAUUAAUAGUGAAUGGUGUGGCUAUGUUAAUCCAUGGAAUAAUAAUAUUGAAAUGGUUGUUGGUAGGCAUAAAAUAUGUGAUGAUCAUCUUCAAUUAGGAAAAUUUUUAAAAGAUGGUGGGAUUGAUGUUUUAGCUGAACCAAAUAAAUAUCAAACAUGUAUUUAUGAUUAUAAUAAUUUUAAUGAUAAAUAUAGAACAACUUGCAAUAAUACAUUCAGUUCAUUAACUAAUGAUACUUAUUUAAUGUCUCAAAAAAAUAAGAUAAUGGUAACAAUUAAUACUGAUCCAUCAACGUAUAUACAAAAAAAUAUUAAUAUAAUUGAAAAACCAGUAGUCAAUUUAUCAACUAAACAAGUACAAUAUCUUGAUAAUGUUCAUAGAUACUUUCAAAAUACAUCACAAACAAUUUCAGCAACAAAUACAUUUAUUAAUCAAAAACUUUUUACUAUUUCUGAUAAUGAUAUAAUGCAACAAACUAAUAAUAAUAAUAAUAAUAAUAAUAAUAAUAUUACAAAUUUACACAAGCAACAAUCAAUGCGAAAUUUUUCUCCUGUAUGUUCCGUUGAAUUACCAUUAACUAUUGAAAAUCUUCGAAAUCAUACUCAAACAAUUGAACAGGAAAGAUUAAAAAUGUGGCAAGAACGUAUAAGGUUAAUGCAAAGAAGUACAUCUAAUACACCACAAUCAACUAUUUCUACAAAUGAUAUUCGUCCAAGUACAACUGAUAGUACAAAUGCUAUUCAACAAGAAGAUUGA